UGGCUGCCGAACUCAUACCACGAAACAGCUGAUGUGCGUCGUUGGUUUUUCUAUAGAAAUUUGUAUUUUGUUCCGUUUAUUGUGUAAAAUUGUUUAGAUGAUACGCAAUUUGUGUUACUAUUUUGUGUGGAAAACAGGAUGUCACUGACCAUACAGCAAAUUAUUUUGGAUGCUAAAAGACUAGCAGGCCGUCUCAAGGAACGGGAGACCGAAGCUGAUGCUCUGUUGACUGAAACACAGACUGCGUACAGACAAAUCCAUACUAUGAAACAGUACAAAGAAGAAGUGGAUACACUGAACGAAGCUUCAAGAGAGCGACCGAGAGGAGCUUUGAUUGCCAGCAUAGAGCGAGAGUCUCGACUCAUGAGAGAUGUGCAACGAGAGAAUGGAGAAUUGCGAGCAGCCCUUGAAGACCACCGGCGUGCUCUUGAACUCAUCAUGUCCAAAUACAGACAGCAUACAGACAAGAGAAUAUGGGAGUCCAGAAUAGAUUUUACCAAAGCCCUCAAUGAGAAACAGCAGGAGCUAAUUCGUCAACAAUCGGAGCGCAUCAAUGAAAUGACUACAAUCAUGUAUAAAGCUGUGAACUUAGAUGAAAAUGGAGAGUCACGGAAAGAAGAGGAAGUCUACCAGAGGCUUAUCACUGAAAAUAAGGGUUUAAGGGAGAUGCUGGAUCUGUCGAGGCGGUACGGGUCGGACCGGGCGGUCGCGCCGCCUAUGGAAGACAAGGACGUGCAGACGGACGAGCCGCCGCAGCCGAGCGCGUGACGGCCCGCGCCAGAGCCCUGCCGCCUCUGAACGUGCGCUCGCGGCGGCCGCGGGCCCGCCUCACCGCACCGCACUCGCAGGUAGAGGGCGACUCUAGUCCUGUCCACACAUUUGCGAUCUACCUUGAAAUGCUUCAUCCGAUGUCCUUCAAUUCUAGAAGCGUUGUUGCCAAAUGUGUAGGCAGUCUGUGCGUCUCUCUCACACCGGUCACCGUUCCAGUAUACAACUUGUACUUGCAGAUUUUGGAUAUUAGGUCUUUUGACUAUAUGCUCUUCACCUGUUUCAGGGGUGGUAUAAACAGCGAAUAGUUACAAUGUAAAGUUUCGGUUGACGUUUGGUUGUAUUUGAUGUUGGAUAUUAUAAAAUUAAGUACCUACUACAUUUCAAAGUUAGUGCUCAUGUUAUAAACUACAUACUGUUAUGUAUUUGAAUAUCGAAGUCAUGUGUCAUUUAGGUCACAUAUGGAACCAAAUCAAUAAUUGUUGCGGAAACUGUGAUCUUUAUACUUGCUGUUAAGUUGUAAUAUUCAAUCAUUUUAUUCAUAUUUUUAGGAAAAUGACAACCAUAUUUAAAUCUAGUUAAUAAUCCACAUCUUAUUUUCACUUUGUAACAAUUGGUGUCAUUUUCUAUUGUUCUUCACCAUUGUCACAUAUAUUUUUGGUAGUUAUCUUUUCCAUGUUUUGCUCAUUGUAUACCUUACAAAUAAUUAUAAAAAUUAUAAUACUCGACAUAGCUACCCUAUGAACUUUGUUGUAGAUCCUAGUACAUACUUUAUUUCUUGUUCUAUAGAUUACUCGAGUCUCAUCUAAUAUCAUAUCUCAUGACAUGUUUCCAUUGAAACAGUGCAGUACUCUCAGGGACCUAUUGAAUACAAGUAACAGUAAUAUUGAUAAAUAAAUACAUAUUGAUAAUAAACAUCAUUCAUCAUAUGAUCACACAAAAGCUAGUCAAUUCCCAUUCACAUGUCAUGGCUUUGUACUGUAUUUUUUUAUUAGAUAAUUCUGUUGUUGAACAGUAGUUUAGAGACUCAAUAAGGCGUCAUCUGUUGUGAUUGUAUUCGAAUUCACUAUAGAGUGACUGUCGCUAGAGGAAUACAUUUUAAGACAUACUGUUGUCUAUAGUGGUCAAAAGGGAGUCACCCUCGGUUCUCAAUGGGUCAGGCCAACAAUCUGUAAAUUGGAUGAGGAUGAGGUUAAUUUUGGAAUUGAACUGUGGUAAAUUUUAUAACUUUACGAAUAAAGUAAAUCAAUCCUUACCAAAGCAUGUUAAAGACAAUGCCAGAUUCUACUCCACCACUCAAAUAUGCAUGUAAUGUACAAAGAUUAAUAGAAUUUCUAGUUUUCUACUUCCAAAUUCAUCACUACAGCAAAAUAUUCAUUUUGCAAUGUAAAGAAGUUUUUUUUAAUAUUCUUAAUGGCUUUGCCUUCGCAUUUGCGAAAGCAGAAUUACAGAUUAUGGAAAGGAUAUGUAAAGGGUGAGUAGCUAUUAAGGUAUAUACGGCAUACAUAAUAAACUUGAGUUCCCAGGGGGUAAAACGAGAUUUUAUAGAAAACUAGAAGGGACAGAGUAAUUUUUUAGAGCAAUUGUCUAUGGAAAUACUGGCAUUGUCAUUCAACAUUCCUUAACGCUGGGUGCACGAGACUUUCACUUACGUUUUACGCUUGUUAGCGUGACUCGUUUCGCGCAUACACAAAGAUCUCUCUUGUGCGCGCAGAUAGGACUGUUCACGAGUCGCUCGCCUGCACCGGCCGCUUGCUUUGCGAGUGUUUGAUAUUUCCACGCAAGCAACAGGGAACGUUUGCAGAGGACAGCACCACUGGCCAAUCACAGAGCAGUAGCGUCUGCGCGUCCAAUAAUACCAAAACAAAGGCAAAGCAUGCGCGCAAGUUUUUCUGCAACGCAAAGCGGAAGACUCGUCAACGCCUUUGCGCGGAAGGCAGAUUUCUACGCCGUAACCCAGCCAACGCAAGCAAGCGAAAAACUCGUGCACCCGGCAUUAACCAGGUGUCUUUAAACGCGCAGGCGUUUUCAUCCACCAUUAAAAAAAAAUUUGAUAAAUGCAGUUUUUACUACCAUGAUAUUCAUUUAUUUUUUAUGAAAAUAUACCAACAAAUUUUGUCUAUAAAGUUGCUGGUUCUGGUGGUGAUGGUAGGAAUUUUUCUGUGUGUUUAUUAGAUGUUUGUAUCAAUAAUUUAAUUAUUUUUUUACGAAAAUUGUCAGGGACACCGUAUGUCUCCAGGAACCGUGAAGGGUUCAUUUUGUACCACUGUAGUUCAACAUGUUUAAGUAUGCAAUAUUUCUCAAAUGAUUUAGUGCGUUCAGCUUUGGAUGUUAGGUGGAUAUAGUAUAAAAUUGUAGCGAAUCUGGUAGUUAACUUGAAAUUUAAAGAUGCCAGAGGCAUUAAAGCAAUAUUCUACAGUCUUACGACACUAGAGGCAAUUUAGUAUUGUCUUAACUAUUAUUAUAAAUGUGUAAAAGCUGUAAAAAUAGCCGUCCUCUAUGUUCUGGCAUUGUCACUAUGGAGAUGGUUAUGAAAAGUUUGAUGGGGAAAGUGUAGAAAUUUUUCUAUGAAGUUGGUUUGCAAUAUUACAUUAAAUAUCUAUUGUGUAAUUGCGUCACAAGGAAGUUUCUUUGUGUCGACUAUGUUUUUGAUCUGACGAGAGCCGGGCUCGAAAAUGUUUAGUUCAGCUAGAAAGGAAUGUAGACAUAGGAAAGUAUUGCAAAAAUUGUGUGGGAUUGUGUUGCGUCAGGGUAAUUGCUGCACUAAAGUUUCAUUAUUGUAGAAACUAGCACGCGACGAUAAAGUUGAAAAUUAGAGAGUAAUGUUUUAGUUUUAUUUCCCGUUGUGCCGAUUCGCACUACAUGUAAACUAAAUGUAAUUUAAGUUCGUAACUCAUUUGUUAUGUGUAAGAAAAGGAUGACGGUUUAGUUUAGGAAAUUGUCAUUAUUCGACACCCAUAGACUACUCAUAAGUUUAAAAUGCAUUUUCAAAAUAUUCCAUUUUUAAACUAAAAUAAAACCUUUUUGCCCUUUUCUUACCGAUAACGAAAGAGACAGCACUGAACUAUAUUUAGUUUGCUCAUAAUCGACAUAAUUAUUAUACAUAGAAUUAGUUUUUUUAGGAUAAAUUUAAUUCGAUUAUCGUGUCUUAUUAUUAUAUUGGUAUAAUGGUAACCAUCAAGUAUUUUUUUGGAGUGGCAGCACAAGCACAAAUGAUUAGGUAUUAAUUUGAGUUCUAUUAGAUAUAGUGAAAUAAGAGAAGUAUGAUAACUCCGUAUAGAGGAACAGCGCGACUUGUAUGUGUCGCGUCGUGUACGAAUGCACACAUUCGCAUGAUCAUGAAAGGGGGUUUUGGUUUCAGUGCCCGUGUUCGUCUGUUCGGGUCUUCCGCGAGUCGGUAACUUCAAAGGAAGCCGUCUUUAUGCAACGCGAGUGCAUCGCAAGAUUAUGCGAAUAUGUGUAUCCGUACGCGUGGUGGGCGCGUAUGCAUACAAGCUGCGCUGCUACGUUUCUAUUGAACUACCAUACUUGUCUUAUUAUAUUAUGAAUCAAGACAUUAUGACAUAAUACACCCUCAUAUCGUAGUCUAUUGAAUCACUUAAAGUGUUAAACACUCAAAAUGAUUAACACAAUAUAGGCUCGCUUUGUGAAGAUAUAAUUCAAUAAAAAUAUUGUUGGUAAUACAUUAUAUUAUAAUAUUACUAUUUUUACAGUUUUAUAGAGCCUGUGAGAUAGUUUAUUUAACAAGCAAUUCUUUAUUAAUAGAAGUAAACUAUUUGUUAAAUAUAUAACCUCAUUAGGUCCUGUCGUAGUUAAUUUUUUAGACAUUGUUAUAUUAAACUUCUUGUAAUGUCUCCAAAAGUUAUUAAAAUGUAAAACAUUAUGUACCUCAAUAUAACGCUUGUGUGAGGUUUUAAUAUAACAAUUAAAAUGUAGUAAUUGAAUAAUGAAUUUUAGAAUAAAAUUGCUACUUUGGCUUAGCAUUUGUAACUGUAAUGAUAGAAGUUUACUAUGUUUGAAUGCAAAAUUACUAUUUCCAAUUACUUCAAUGGGGAGAACAGAAGCAUUUGCUUCUACUACUAGGGUUUAACAAUGAAACGUGAGAUUUGGUUUUAUUUUAUGUAAUAUCCAGCAUUUUGUUGUUUCAGUUUAUGAUAUGAAUUCCAUUGGAAGGGAAGUUAGCGACAUAUUACGCCCUAUACUAGAGUUAUUAAAAGCAAUGAUAGAUGAUAAUAGUCUUUUCUGCUGUAGAACAACACUUGUAGAGCAAAAUGAUUAAUGUAUCUG